AUGUUGGGCCCACCGGGCAGACUGUCGCUCUCCGCCAGGCAGAACUCGUCGCCAAACCCAAACAUCUCGGCGGGCAAGUGCUACUACAAAGCCGGCGCAGAGGCAGCAGACAACUUCAUCCCCUGCGGCAACUCUGCCUUCGGCCACUAUACUUGCUGCCAGGUUGGCGACAACUGCAUCGCGGCCGACGCCUGCUUCAACUAUUCCCAAGGGAUCACGUACAUCGCCUCCUGCACGGACCCAACCUACCGCUCUCCGUCCUGCCCUCAGAAGGGCACCGUGCCGAAUCAGCAAUGGUCAGGAAUAACCCAGUGCGACGCGGCAGCAGGCACGUGGGUAAACUGCCAGGAGGCUCCCGACGCCGUGGUGGUCCGCGACGCGAACCCGAGCUGUACCUGUGCCGGGCGCAAGCCGUUGUUCACGGCGUCCGCGUUUCUCGAGCCGAUCGCCCAGCUGCCCCCGGUCAAGGGGGCGAGUAUCUCAUGGUUCAAGGGCCACGAGCCGGGGCCUUCACUAACGCCAACCCCGACAGCGACUGCGGGAACGACUAAGCCGGUGGUGGCAACGACAACUCCGCAGUCUGGAUCAGAGUCUCCGAAACCUGGAUCAGGCUCUUCACAACCUGGGUCCGGCUCUCCGCAACCUGGAUCAGGGGGAUCAGGCUCUCCGCAACCUGGAUCAGGGGGAUCAGGCUCUUCGCAACCUGGAUCGGGCUCUCAGCAACCUGGAUCGGGCUCUCAGCAACCUGGAUAUGAGGCUCCGAAACCUGGAUCUGACCCAGAGCCCACGGCUGCAACAUCGGUGCCACUGCUCACAGCAUCGCCUCCUGGCACAACAGGAGCACCCGGCAGCAAUCCCACCGCUAUCUCCUACAUAAUUUCAACAGCUAUAUCCGUCAGCGUCGAGCCAGGCGCUGCGGCCACUGGCCCGGCCGCGAUCGUGGGCACCAGCCCCAAUGAGCUCAGCCAAGCGGCCAAGAUUGGCAUUGGCGUCGGCACAGGCGUCGGCGCGUGGUUGCUCAUCGGUGUGCUAAUCUGGAUCUUCAUCUCGGUACAGAAGAAGAAGAAGAGGAGGAAGCUGAUGCAGACGUACUUUGGCAAGACCGACGCCACGCCAUUCGGCUUUGCCAGGAGAGGCGAUUCGGCCGACCCAAUAAUAAGACCAUCAUUCGGGACGGCACGGGAACAGCAGCAGCAGCUGCUGCCGAUGGCAAUCGCUUCCCCUGCCCCGGUGUUGACUGGAGGCCUGGAUCGCGGACGUCAGAACCGGACACUGCUUAGGCCCGCAGGGGCACUCAACUCUCAUCCCAGCAGUCCAAGCAGGGGACUGCUCUCUCCCCCUACUCUCGACACAGGACGGAGAGACUCGUCCACCCUCCCAGCUGCAGAUCCGGGCCCUGCGCUGAGUAGUCGCCCCAGCACAAGUCCCGGUAGGCCACCUAAACUCACCAGCGCUCUCAAAUCCUCCAACCCGGAAAGCCGGAGCCGGAGCGUAGAUUCAGUGAAGCGGAGGCAGGAUGCGUCACACCGGGGCCAGUCUGACGACUACCACGACUACCUGGCUGGCAAAAGCAGCAGUGGAAGAGAUCAAAGUGUGGGCGGUGGUGCAAGGAGGAAGGCGUCGAUCAAGAGCCUGGGAGUCAGGUUUGCGGAUGACGAGGCAGAUCCAAUAUGA